AUGGGUAUCAAGGAUCUGGCUAUCAGCUACGUGGUGUUUUCUGUCAUCCACCUAUUCUGCUUCGCGUUGGCGCUGGCCACAUGUGGUCUGUAUGGCACCGAUAUUGAUCACGCAAACCAACAGGGCAAAUACUCCGACUCUAAAUGGGUCUACGCCGUGGUUGUGGGUAGUAUCUCAGCCGUGACAUGCGUGCUCUACUUUGUUCCCUUCAUCCUGCGCAUCGCUGGAUUUGCCGUCGCGAUAUGGGACUUUAUUCUGUUUGUCCUCUGGAUCGCCCUCUUUGGCGUCUUUGGCAAGAUGUACAUCAGUGAAGAUGCCGAAGGCGACGAAGGCGUCAGACGCAUGAAGAACGCUGUUUGGGUCGAUCUUGCCAGCGCCCUUCUUUGGCUCAUUGCUACAUUGGCGGCCUUGGGAUACUGGUGGAAGCACCGUGACACCCGAUCCCGCUUUACUGGUCGCGCCCACGUCUAA